GCCAUUGGUCGAAGCGGGCCUAUGCGAACUCGCGAAACUUCAGGCACUCGGCCCGCUUGCUCGGACCUUGGAAAUUCGACAGGAACCACGGGCGAUUCAGUAUCGUCCCCAGUUCGGCAGAGACAACAUCAUUGUGUGCUACGCUACCUCGUCUGUUUCGUGCUCACUCUCAGUGGCCUGCCCUUGAGUUACUCCGUUCGCCGAAAUGCUUCCACUUCGGGUCCUGUUUCACCCCGAGCAUCGCACGCACCGGUUGUGAUGGGAUAAACGGACUACUUUCGCUAACUUUUCUUUUGUUUUCGUUUUUUCUUUUUGACUUUUUGCGCGCUCAACAUGCCAAGUGAAAAAUGUGCCAGUUUCGUAUAUUUCGAUAGCGACGUUGUACCGCCGGAACUGAAACCUACUGCGAUGUUAUGAUAGUAAAUUAGUGAAAGUUGUAUUUUUUCGUUUUGGAACUGUUUUUAUUUUUGACUUUACGUGAUGGCGAGCAAUAGCGGUGUGCAGCAACAGUUUAUGCAGCAGCAGCAGCAACAAGGGAGCGGCAGUACGCCGCAUAGGUGCAAGGAGUGUGGACUAUGUUUCAACUCGCAGGAAUCUUUGGAGGUGCACGUGCAGUACCAUAAGGAAAACCUGAUGAAGCACUGGGCGCCUACACAUGGAGGUGAGGAAACCAAUAAUAACACCACCUCACCUAGCACCGCCAACAAUAAUAGCAAACCAACCAAUAAACGUGAGUUAUUAUCAAAUAAUACCAUUGUGCCAGCUGAUAGCUCCGAAACUAUGCAAAAGAAGAGCCCGGAUUAUAGCAGAGCUACACCGGAUCAGGUAUUUGGUCAUCCACCUACUCCGCAAAGCUUCCAAAGUGCAUCAUCCCCAUACCAAAGCCAAGAAAACUCUUCGUUCUCCCCAAGCUUUGCAAACUAUCAACAGCCGAAUAAAGAAAGGAACUCUCCCACUCCUCAGUUCCAACAUAACUAUCCUGGGUAUCCAGAGCAGCAGCAACAACAAUAUUUUCCAGGCAUGGACCAGCAAUACAACCAGGAGGCUUUUGUGCAAAAGUCCAUGCAGCAGCAUAGUUCCUACAGGUAUCAUCCGUACUCUAGUGGGUAUGAAAGGCAGCAAACACCAUCCCAGCAGCAGCAGGUGUCCUCGUCGAGCCCUGCGUAUCCGCCACAGCCGACCCCUUCGCCAAGCCCUAAACAAUGCGACAAGUGCGGGUACGUGUGCGAGUCGGCCUCGCAGUUAAUCGAACACCUGAACAUUGCUCACCCCCCGACCCCGGCGCCCCAUCUGACCUCAUACCAGCCAAACCAGCAUUUCAUGUUUGACCACGCGCCUCAAGUGAAGUCGGAAGACGCCACCGCAACCCCUCAGAGUGAAAUUCUUGACCUUGACUCGCAUAAAGUCGUGCACAACCAGUAUCCCGAAGAAGAGGAAAAGCGGGAAGAUGCUAACAACCCACAUUCCGUGCCAGGGAUGUUAAACUCUUGGACCCAGCAGCAGAAAAUGAUGUUCCAGGAACAGCAGCAGAGGAUGUUCAUGAAUCCACAGGGGGAGCAAAAAUUGUUCCAAGCACAUCAAAUGCACAGUCAAGAUUUCAUGAGCAAUGGAGUGACCACAACGACUGAACAGGCCCCACAACCGUACAGACCUUUUGAGCACAUGCCCAAUGCGAAUACCGCACCUACGAUAGCCAGCAGCCAAGUUGCUAACAAUCCAGUAGCCCAGCCGGCUCCGGGUUUGGUGCAAAAGAGCUCCAACUGGAAAUCGAAUGAAGCACGAAGACCCAAAACAUAUAACUGUACAGCAUGCAAUAAAUGGUUUACAAGCUCGGGUCACCUGAAGCGACACUACAACACGACGCUUCACAAGAAUGCCGUUAAGUCUAGCGGCCAGCCAGAUCCAGCAGGCCUUCCGAUCAGCGCUCACCACCAUCCAGCAAGGGACAAGUCGGACGAUCGGCCACAGUCGGGUAGCUCCGGAGACGAGAUCAGAGGCGGGGAUGAGAGCAACAGCAUGUCGCAAUUUGACAGAUUAAACCCUAUGUCAGGUAUGUUACAACCGCAUCACACUCCGCCACUACAUUCGCCAAUGCCCCUCUCGCCCAUGGCGCAUUCGCCCAUGUCCAACCCAAACAUGUCAGGUGGGAGUCCCCCAAACGGGGAUGCAGGCCUCUCAACCAACAACCUAGAUUCGAGGGGCCUGCUGUCACUGAAUUCACCCCCGAUCCCCACACAGCCGGGUCAUGGCUACAAUAUGGCACCCCACCAACAUAUGAUGCCUAUGGAGAACAGCCAGUUCCAGAUGUACCCAAACGAAUUUGCCCCCCACGUUACGCAGGUUAUGGCUAUCAACAGCCUCAGUACUACUGGUGAACCAGUGUACCAGUUUGUCGAUGAGAACAACGAACAACAGCCUUUGCCGAGCUUUGCGCAGAUCCAGUCGCACCGCUACGGCUUAGUGGGCUAUGAAAUUGCGAACGUGGGGGGCGGGGGUAUGGCGACAACCCCUAUCACCUUCUACCAAGAACAGCCAGAUCACAAUGAACGAGCAGAGAUAGGAGGAGAUGAGUACAAACUCACUGUGUUGACCAACUCCGAACCUAUCGGGCAAAAUGAUGAGUACAUUUUGGGAUAUUCGCCAUCAGAUGGUAAAGAUAAUGUCAGUAUGAUGUCUCUCAGCUCAGAGAAUGACUCCAAAAAUAUGGAGGAGAGUAAAAUGCAAAUCAUGGACGAUAUAAAAUUACGGCUUGAAGCCCAACCUAAGUCCCCAGAAAAAGCCCAUAUUAAGAGGGACUAUGAGGACACCACUAGCAGUCCCCUGAUUACUUCAACUGUACUCAAUAAACCAGAUUUGCACAAAUGCUAUGAUUGCGAUAAAGUGUUCAACAAAGCUUGCUAUCUAACGCAGCAUAAUAAAACCUUCCACAGUGGGGACAAGCCUUUCAAAUGCUGCAGGUGCGGUAAGAGGUUCUCUUGUGACAACACUUACCAAGAGCAUCUAUCCAAGCACGCUGGCGAAAAGCCACACAAAUGCGAUCUCUGUCCUAAACAGUUCAAUCACAAGACCGAUCUCAGAAGGCACAUGUGCCUUCACACAGGUCAAAAACCAUACGCUUGUGAUACUUGUGGCAAAGGCUUUAUCAGGAAAGAUCAUAUGAUGAAGCACUGUGAAACUCAUUUAAGGAAAACGCAGUCUAAAAUUGCGGCAAUCCGUUGAGUCAACAGGAACUUAUAAAAUUACAGUACUGACAAUAAGUCAUGAAUCAUUUGAAAGUUUAGCAGCUGGUUUAUUUUUCAGUUUCUAUGGUUUGCAGAAAGAACUACCAAUAUGAUUUGCUUUUAUGAUUUAUUCUCAAAACCACUUGCUGCGAUAUACUUACUCAUCGGUAAAAGUUAUACGCCAGUAAGUAAAAAUUCUUCAGUCUGCUAACACUACAAAAAGACUAUUUUAUUGCAAAACAAGUUAAAGGAUUUCAAAAAACAAUCAUAUCAAUAACUUUUUGUUGUAAAUAUGGUACGUAUUAUUUGUAAAUAUUGUUUGUAUAUGUCUUAAAUAUUUUUCUCCUGUACAGUUUAAUACAUAUCAUUCCAGAAAAUUAGAAAAACCUCAAAAAAUACACAAUGAAAACUUCGAGAAACUACCUGUUUUGAAUUGUGUGUCCACUGAUUAUAACUCAAGCAGGUAAAUGGGAAAUACAAAAAAGUUUUAUGUCAUUUGAAAUUUUCAGCUAAAGUCAUUUUUUCAAACUAUUUGACCCACUUAUUGUCGGUGCUGUGAUAAUAUGUAGAUUAUACAUCGUUUCACUUGGUACUUUUCUACUUAAACGUGUAAAGUAUUUUAUUACACUGUACAUAUUGUUUUUUAUAUUAAUUUAUAAUUUCUUAAAACAAACUUAAGACGAACAAAGCGAGAAAUGCCAUUACAAAUCCAUACAUAUAUAGGGUAUUACAAAAUUCUACUAGUACUUUACAAAACAAAUUGAAAUCACCAACUUAACACUCUGAUUGAUAAACCAUUGAAAUGAAAAAUCUACUAGAACCUUUCUAUAGUAAAACUACGUAUAUUCAUACCGUUACAUAUAGAAGUUUGUCUCAUAUAAUGAUUCGUAAUAUUAUUUGGAUGCUCAAGUCCUCGUAGUAAUGACAUUAUACAUGUACAUUAUUUGAAAACCGUCACUGAGUAGUGUACAGACUAGUAAAAUUGAGAAAUAACCUGUAUACCAAGAAAAUUUGCUCAAGUUUUUUCUUAGUGUCCGAUAAUAAUCAAUACUCAAACAGCAAUACCUCAGAAUCUCAGUUAAAAAAUAAGAUAGGUAUAAAUAUUUAUAUCAGAUUUUAUUAUAUCAUGUGGAUGUACAAACUUUAGAAUCAGGUUAUCUAUUAUGUAUAAAAAUGCAAAAAAUCAGAUAAAAAUAAAGAAAUACCAUACAGGCGAACUUUAUUGUUUUUUCAGUGACUCUUAAAAGAAAUGUCAAUGUAAAAAUCAUAAAGUUCUGAUACAGGGUGGUAAGAAAUUGCGUCUGGCAGGGUAACUAACCGUUCUUGUUUUCUAUUGGAUAUUGUUUGGGACUACUUUUAUAUACGAUAUCGUUGGCUCGUGCUAUGUGUCUAAAUUUUAAUUAGUAUCGCAUAAAAAUGCUAGUCAGAGGUAAACAGAUUUUAGUUCUCCAGUAAACGUCUCUUAGUAGAGUAUAAAAAUAUUACUAUCAUCUAUUUAACUAGCUUUUUAUCCCAUAGAUAGAUAUAAGGUUAUUCCAAAAAAUAUUUUCGGAAAAGGAAAACGGUGUUACUUGUACUGAAACAUAAAUCACUUGCAUCAUGUUGGAAUCAAUCUAAACUCUGCACACCAUGGAUGCAAGUGAUUUCCAUUGUUAAUAAAAACGAAUCAUAGAUUUUAACUGUUGAACUGCACCCUGUAUAGAAAUUUAAAGUAAUAAAAUUUGCAAUAACAUUACAACACAAACGUUUUUGAUAUUUAUUUCUUAAAAUGUAAUGAUGAUAUUUGUGAGUCUCUGUUAGUUAAGAUCCCACUCAAAAAUCAUGCAUCUACCUAUUUUUUAUCGAAAGCAUAUAAUUCAUUAUUUUUAUCCAAAUUCCCAAAUAAUACCACCUGACCUGCAACAAUAUUACAUCGAAUAUCCUGGAUAUUUAACAAAACUGCAGAUAUACGUUACAUGGCUGAACUAAAAUCAGCUGUAUUAAGAUUUGCACUAUUUUAAAUUUUCGUUUUAAAAAUCAAGUAUAUGUAUGAUUUUUUUAGUCAGAUCUUGUACUAAAUGUACAUAAAAAUUGAUAGGUAUCUACAUACUAUUAUUUUUCUCCAUAUAACAGAUCUACCUCAGUUAUAUAUGAUGAAUUUAUGUGCCAAUUUUUAUUGAUAGAUUUUUUGCCCGAUCCAUAGUCGGGUAAGUGUUAGGUAAUACACGUGCCAAAUUUCUUAAAGGGGGACAUAUUUUGCCGUUCAUCAUUUUAUAUAACAGGAUAUCAUAUAUUUUUCUCAUGGACGAUCAUUGAUAAAAAUAAACGGUGAAGUAUGGUCACCUUUAGGCAAAAUAUUGCUGUAUUUUUUAUAAAAAUAUGACAAUUUUUUGCGGACGUCGUGCAUAUCGUUACUAUGAUUAGUGCAAUUUAAAAACACAAAUUUGUUUUAUGUUACGCGAUACAAGUUACCAGAUGUUUGUCAUUUACAAAGGUGCAUCGAUAAGUGUGUUACAUAUUGGUAGGUCGUUUUCGAAAAGUUGCACCGUAGAGAAACAUAUUUUUUGUUUUGCUGUUAUACUUUUAGUUUACGAUUAGGUUUUUAUACCUUGUUUUUCCACAUUUUAUUCUAAAAAGUAUUAAUUUUAACUGGUUCACUAAAUGUUGCACAUAAAAGUCGGAGUAUUCUGGAGGUUAUAAUAUGAAUAAUGAAUAUAUGAAAAUCGGAGUUCCCAAUACCAGUGAGUCAUAAAGGAGUAUAAGUAUGUCAAUUUGCAGAAUGAGAUUGACUCCAAUUCGCAAAAGGGUCUGAUUACUUGUGGGAAACCACUGUGUACGGUUUUUUUUAAACAAUUUUAUCUCUUACUAAUUUAUACAGAGCUUUUUAAAAAGCCCAACCCCAAAAUAGUUUUUUGCAGGUUCAAGAUGACAAAGUAAAAUUCUGGACUAUGAAAGUGAUUCAUGAAAACUACAUUUGAAAAUGUCAAUGUGACGGCUAGAAACCAUCUUGGGACUUGUUUGUAAAUGGAAUAGGGUCCCUAUGAUACUCCAUUUUGAAGCUCCUUACUUUGUAACAUUGGAAUAUGAAAUCAAUAUCUUUCAAAAUGGCGGACUAGCAGGUUGUCAAAAAACUGUGUGUGUUUUUAUACACUGAAUCGCUUAAAACUCAACAACAACCAAUGAUUGAAAAGUAUGUUGUAACAGUUUUCUCUUUUUAUUUA